CCUGUAUGCCUCCAGAAAGGCUGCAAUAUGCAGAGCCUGAGGAGCCUUUCAACACCAUGAAGAGCUUUCCUGUUGGAACCAAUGUGUCCUACACCUGCAGGCCAGGCUAUAUAGGAAUCCCUGGAAAACCCUCGUUUCGUACCUGUGGUGAGGACUUGCAGUGGUCAUCCAUAGAGCAGUUCUGUACAGAGAGAAAAUGCAGCCAUCCAGGAGAACUAGCCCAUGGUUUUACUCAUGUGACAGACCUCACAUUUGGUUCAAAAGCUACUUUUUCCUGUGAAGAGGGAUUCAGGUUAAUUGGAACAGCUGAAAUUUCCUGUGUGAUUGUGGAGAAAGGUGUUGGGUGGAACAGAGAUCUUCCUUUCUGUGAGAAAAUUCCUUGUGAACCACCUCCCAAGAUAAACAAUGGGCACCACACAGAAGCACCUGAAUAUGUGUACCAGACAUCAGUAACCUACACCUGUGAUGAUGUACCCAAAGGCUCAGAUCCCUUCUCACUUAUUGGCCCAGCUACUAUCUUCUGCACAUCUGAUGCAAAUUUGGAUGGAGUUUGGAGUGGACCACCUCCAGAGUGUAAAGUGGUCAAAUGUCCUAACCCAAGAGUUGAAAAUGGGAUUAAAAAAACUGGAUUUGGCCCUUCCUACACAUACAGAGACUCGGUGGUGUUUGAGUGCAAUCCAGAUUAUUUCAUGGUGGGAUCAAAUGUCAUUACCUGUGGAGAAAAUAACACCUGGUUUCCUCCAAUACCAACCUGUGAAAAAAUGACUGAGAGUGGCUGUGGUGCCCCAAAGAUCACACAUGGAGUAGUGACUCCAGAGAAACCUCUGUAUGCUGUAGGAGAAUCUGUUCAGAUCAGGUGCACUGCUCACUGUACCUUUCCUGGUGGUGCUGAAGAGAUGACAGCCACUUGUCAAGCACAGAGUACAUGGAGUCCUUUACAAGACUGUACAUGUGAGCCUGGAGGUUCUGGUUCCACUCCUCACAUACAUUAUGGCAGAGUAGUUGAUGGACAAAAACCUUCCUACUUGGUGGGGGAUUUUAUUACCAUCGAGUGCUACGCAGGCUACACCUUACACGGAGCAGCUCGUAUCCAGUACACUGGGGAGAACCAGUGGACUCCUGGAGUGCCAACUUGCCACUUAAGUGGAUAUAUUACAGCCAUCAUCUGUGUGAUUGUGGCAAUUGUGGUGAUCCUGGCAGCCUUCUGGAUCUAUAAGAAAUUCUUUUCACAGAAUGGGAAACGUGACAGCACUCCCUGUACUGCUGAAUAUAAGAGCUGUAAAGCAUGACUGACCUUGAGGGUGUUUU